AUGGGAGAAAUUCGAAAAAUACGUGAAAGAAAAAAAAAGAUUGGAAAGGAUGAUUGCCAACAUGAGAGCACAACUACUGAUGAUGAAUCAAAUGAAUUUUUACUCUCAAAAAAAGAGUAUGAGGUGGAUGAAGAGAAGAUUCGAGAUAUCAAGGAAUGGCCUACCGUAAAAAUAAUAACGGAAGUUAGAAGUUUUCAUAAGUUGGCGACACGUUACAAACAUUUUAUUAGAAAUUUCAGUAGUACUAUAAUGCCUAUUACAAAGUGCUUGAAGAAAAGGAAGCUCCGAUGGAGCAAAGAAGCCGCAACCAGUUUUGUUAUGCUAAAAGAGAAGUUAUAUAUUGCUCUUGUUUUGGCAUUGCCAAAUUUUGAUAUAUUAUUUGGAGUUAAAUGUGAUGCCAGUAUUGUGGGGAUAAGAGCUGUUCUUUCACAAAAUAAGGAACCAGUAGCUUAUUUCAGUGAGAAGCUCAAUAAAGCGAGGCGUAAGCGGACCAUUUAUGACAAAGAAUUUUAUUCUGUUGUGCAUGCUUUGAAGAAUUGGGAGCACUACUUGGUUGAGUGA